CCGACGCUGAGUUUAGUGAGUGUAGCAACGGCCGCAGCGUGUAGAGCUGCCAGGACCGGACCGAGCGGAGCCGGAGCCGGAGCCGAAGCGAACGGAUGCGGUCCAUGCUGCCCAUGCUGCCUACGGGAUGCGGGCGGCGGUCGGCAGCGGCGCUGUUGGCGGCGCUGGGCGAGGGUGCGAGCCGGAGGCGGGAGGUGGAGCAGCGGGCGGCGCGGAGCUCUGCUGUCCUGCGGUGCUGGGGCAGUGAGGAAGAGGAGCAGGCGCAGCCAGAGGCCGGUUCCAGCAAUGGACAAGAGAUCAAGCCUUCACCCAGGGACCUGGAGGAGCUGGAACUGCUGAACAGAGCCCUAGAGAAGGCACUGAAAGUUAGGAAAAGCACCUUGAAAACUCCAUUAGAGGCCCAAGGCACUACAGGAGAGAAAUCUGCAGGUGAGGAUCCUGCUCCCAAGAAUGCUGAAGAGCAGCAAGUGCCUGUACCUGUUGAGGAUGUUCCAGUGAGCACAAAGCUGAGAUCUGUAAGCAAAAAGCCUGCCUCUUUGAAGAAACCCCCUCCAUACCAGCUAAAAGCCCCUUAUAGGACUGACCCAGAGGUGAAAAAACUGCAAAAGAAGUCCAGAUGUGUUUCUCGAAGUCCCAGGACAGCUGGGAAGAGCUCCUCAAAAGGGGUAGUUUGCAAACAAGGAAGGAGUCCUAGGAGACCAGUGAGUGCCACUGCCAGAGAGGUGUGUGCUCCAGCUGAACCCCAAAAGGCACCUGGCUCAUCCAGAUCUGCCCUGAAUGAGCAGCAAAGGUUUUCUGUAGGGGAUUCAGCUGGGGAAAAGAACUCUGUAGCUGUUGGCAGGCAGUUACUUGAUGCAGGGAAGAAAAGUUGUGGUUGCCUGGGAGAGUCCAGCAAAAAAGAGAACCCUGCAGGUGAAGGAGCAUUGGGAAGGAGCACCUCACCUUGCAGAGUCACCCUGCAGGAAAAGGGGUGCCAGCUGAAGCUGCCCCUUUCCUACAGGAAAGCCUAUUUCAGGAACUUUAGGGCAUGGGAGAGAUGUCGUCUCUGUCAAACAAGUGCAGAUGCAGCAGCUGCCAGGACCCGUUUCGUAGAGAGGAUCCAGACAACAUUCUCUUCACCAAGGCCAGUCUUCAGUCCUGCAGAGAUGGAGGAGGAGUUAAAGGUCCUCCAGGAUGUCCCCUCCCUUCUGAGCCAGUAUGUGGAAGCUGAGCUUGCAGACCAAUGCACCCUGCAAAGAGAGUAUGAAAGCCUUUUAACCUUGGAGGGUUUGCAAACCACAGUUUCCCAGUGCCUGCAUAAGCUGCAGCUCCUGCGAGCAGAUGUGGAGUCCCAGAGAAAGAUGCACCCAGACUGCACUGGGGACAUAGGAAGCUGCUCUCCAGCCUGUGUUCCUUCCAAGGGACAGAUGUGUGACAGUGCAGGCAUACUGGCUGUGCCUCUCCUUUGUUACUCCAGUUUCCAGGAGCUGAGGGACCUGUUUGCCUUGAAGCUGCAGGUGUCAGUACUGCACCAAGAAAUUGCCUUACAAAAGGAAAACCAAUUAAAACUCAGUGCAGGAGAAGUGAUGGAUGUGGGAGUUGUCUUUCCACCUCCUGCCCUUACCUGGACAGUGAUAAUCCCAAAUCUUUCUUCAUCUCAGCUCCUUGCAGAUUCCCUUCCUGGUCACCCUACAUCUCCUCCAGUGCCACCCCAGCAGUGUCCCACCACCCCUGUGCAGAACUCGAGUCUUCACCAGUCCAACCAGCAAAUACCAGUGAGGGUUUCCCAAGCCCUGUGUCAGGGGACAGAGCUGGCAGAGGGUGACACCGGAAAAGCAUCUUGGAAGGAGGCAAAAGGGCUCCGUGGAGUGGCUGGAGGUCCUGCAUCUUGUUACUUUGGGGUUCACUGCCCGUCGGGCAGCCUGAAGGGGUGCUUGGAGCGGUGUGGGCUGGAGGUGAUGGGCAGCCAGGGCUGUUUCUCUGUCCCACCACUGCCUGCUCGGGGGCCGGGCUGGUAGAAACACGCAGAUUGCAAAACCACAUUCCGAGAGCGAUCC